AUGUUUUACCCAAAAGUAAUUGAAAAAGUAAUUUUGUGCAGAUCAUAACACUCAAAAGUAGCCAAUUUUGUAAUCCUGUCAUCUGAAUUAUCCCCAACUUAAAGAUUUCUAUGCCAAUCUUGUUCUCAACAGUAUUCUUCUUCGAAUAUAAUGAUGGUAAAAUGCGGAUAACUCUAAUACUUAUUGGAUAACUACUAAAGAGAAAAGAUAAAACAAUUUGAUUCUAUAUUCCUUUCUAAUAUCAGGUCUCUAGAACAAUUUAUUGAUCAAAUAAAUUCAAUCAAAACAAAGACGAAUGAAUAACUUGAUAGUUUACUAUCAAUCUCUAAUAAGGCUAUAUAGAUGUUAAUUGAUGAAAUAAGUUCUUAUAGUUUUUAUGAAGAAUUGGAAAAGUUGAUCUCGAAUAAAAUUUUUAUAAUUGAUAGUAUCAAAAUAGUUGAAACAAUGAAAACAAUCCUUUUAGAUUGGAACUUCAAAGUAAAUUUAAUUUGGGAUUAAUUCAAAAACUAUUCUGAGUUCAGAGAUAGUAAGAAACUCAUAGAGAUACUAAAGAAAAAUAUAAAUGAUGAUGUAGAGUUAGUACAAUCAUAACCUAUAAUUAAAAUAGAAAGCUACCUCGAUUUCCCAUCCAAAAAUUAGUAGAAAUGGAGAAUGCAAUCUCUCAAUAGUUUUAAAUGGGAUUUUUCUUACAAUCGAUUUAUAUAAACCAAAUACUAAAUCAAAUUUCCAAACAAUAAUAAAAAUGAAAUGCUAUAUAUUUUGGAUGGAGUAAUACUGAGAUGGUAAUAUAUGAUAUAUUUUUACUAGCCAAAAUUCUCUACUCCACUAAGAGGAACUUUAACAAUUGAACAAUAUAGAGUAGAUUUAAUAUCUAAAGUGGAUUGGAGAUUAUGGAUAAAAUAAAUAAAGGAUUGGGAGAUGGGCAGCAACAUGGAAUGGAGAAGUUCUAUAAGAAGUAGGAGGAAUUUACAAUAAUGGAGAAAAAUAAGGUUUUUGGAAAGAGCCAAUAUCAAAUUAUUGGGCUAAAGGUAGGAUUCAUUUUAAUAAGUCUAGCCAAAGCUUACUAGAUAGGAGAAUAUAAAAAUAAUGUAAAGAGGGGAUUUUGGAAGUUUAUAUAUAAAGAUUAAGAUAUGUAAGAUUUAUUUAUAAAUAAAAAGCGGAGGAGGGGAAUAUAAUGUAUCUGGUGAGAAGAAUGGAAUAUGGAUAGAGUUAAGUGAGGGUUUUUUUAACGAUUCUUAAGUAACUUAUAAAGGGAAAUAUAAAAAUGGGAAAAAAAAUGAUAAAUGGGAAACAUUUGUGGUUCACAAUGGAAAUACAAAAAUGAUGUAUAUAAUCUAAUUAUUUAACCAUAAAUCCUUUAGUGGUGGGGGAUAAUAUGACACCCUUGGAGUUAAAUAUGGACUAUGGAUUGAUAUCAGCAAAGAAUUUUAAACUGAUUAAUAUGUAACUUAUCAAGGUUAAUUUUAAAACGGCCGAAGAGUUGGUCAGUGGAAAAUUUUCUAUAGCAGAUUUAAUCCAUCAGACGAUAAGAUGGAUGAAUUAAUGUAAAAAGUAUAUUAAACUUAAAGUGGAGGUGGAUUUUAUGAUUAAGGUGCUUAAGGACUUAAAGUUGGGUAAUGGAUUGAUAUUAGCAAUGGAUUUAACAAUGAUGCGUAUGUAACCUAUCAUGGCUAAUAUAUACUUGGCCAAAAGGUUGGUAGAUGGGAUAUUUACUAUAGGAGAUCAUUUGAAAAGCAAAAUGAAUUAAUGUAAAAUCUAUAUAUUAUUAUGAUCGGCAGCGGUGGUGGAUUAUAUGAUGAAAAUGGAAGCGGCAAUAAGAUUAAAAACUGGAUUGAACUUGCAGAUGGCUUUAAAGAUUUUUCGUAAGUGAUUUAUCAAGGGUAAUACAUAAAUGGAAAAAAAGUUGGCAGAUGGGAAAUUAAAUAAAGAUAUGAUGAUUUGGAUUCUUUUGAGAAAAUGUAUAUUUGAUGUAUUAAACUAAUCUAUUAGUGGAGGGGGCCAGUAUGAUGAAGCAAAUCCUGGAAUGAAGGUUGGUGAUUGGAUUGAAAUUAGCGAUGAAUUCAAUCGAACUUCAUAAGUAAUGUAUUAUGCUAAAUACAAAAAUGGUAAAAAAGUUGGGGAGUGUAAAAUUAUGUACAAGUAUGAUUUUUCAGAUCUCCCUUCAUUAAUGUAAAAUAUACAUACAUUGAUUAAAUAUGGUUUAUUAGUGGAGGAGGAUGUUACAAUGAAAAAGGAAACAAAAUAGGGUAAUGGACAGAUAUUUUUGUUGGAUUUAAAGAUUAAUUAUAGAUAUUUUAAUAAGGAGAAUAUAAAAAUGGAAGAAAAAUUGGAGCCUGGAUUAUUACAUAGAAGUCAAACAACGAUUCAAAGAAUGAAGUGAUGUAAAAAUUAUAGUUACAUUUUAGUGGAGGUGGAUCAUACGAUUAAGAAGGUGAAGGUAAUAAAGUUGGCAAAUGGAUUGAUAUAUGUGAAGGAUAUUCAACUUAGGCUUAAAUAAUUUAUGAUGGUGAGUAUAAGAAUGGUAAAAAAGCUGCUAGAUGGAAGAUUAAACAUAGGAAUUGUGCAGAUGAGACAUUUGUAGAGAUGUAAGAAUUUUUAAUUUCAAUCAUAUGUUUAAGUGGGGGUGGUGCUUAUGAUGAAUAUGGUAUUAAGUUUGGUAACUGGACGGAUAUUAGUGAUGAAUUUAAAAAUUCGUCUUAAAUUAUCUUGAAUGGCCAAUAUGAAAAUGGGAAAAAAAAAGGGAUGUGGACAAUUUUGUAUUAAAGAAGGAGCAAUACAAAUUAUUUAGAGAUGUAAAAAUUAAUAUCAAUUUAAUAGUGGAGGUGGUGUGUAUGAUUAAGAAAAUUAUGGUCUAAAGCAUGGCAAAUGGAUAUAACUUAGCGAAGGAUUUUCUAAUUCUUCCUAGUUAGUUCUUAAAGGUGAAUAUAAAAAGGGUCAAAAAGUUGGUUUAUGGGAGAGUUGUUUUAGGGAGCGCAUAGAUAAUCCAUUUUAAUUAAUGUAUAUUGAUAUAUUUGCUUAUAAUUUAAAAUAUAGUGGUUAAGGAUGUUAUGAUUAAGGGAGUCAAAGCAUUAAGAAUGGAAUUUGGACUGAACCUAUUGGAGGAUUUUGGGAUGAAACGCAAAUUAUUAGUAAGGGCAAAUAUUCUUUCAGUAAAAAGAUUGGAGUAUGGGUGGAAAAGAAGAGAGCAAGGGGGAAUGUGGGAAGUUUUUAAAAUUUACGAGAAAUAGUUUAUGAUGAUUGAAUAUUAUUUUUAAUACAUUAUUUUAUUUCCUACAUCG